GAUAGAGAUUUAUUGCUCCAUAAACCCACUUCUCUCCCACGGAUAGUUGAUAAUAUACAACAAUGGCUUCACUUUCUGCAUUCUCAAUUUCCACACCCAAUUCCCAUAUUCUUCUCACUUCGUCGUCAUCUAAUUUCAGACCAAUUCGAUUGCAAUUCCCAUGUGUUCGAUUUCAAAAUAAAAUCAAAAUUUUCGCCAUUGCUGCUUCUUCGAAGCGAAGGUUUCUUAGACCCACAAAAAUAAGGUCUGUUGCAAAGGAAGAACAAACCCUUGUUCCGGAAGCUGAAGCUGAAGCAUCUCCGCCGCCAGCUGCCGCCACUGCUGAGCAGACAGUCUCCCCUUCUGAUGCCCUCACAAUGUUCUUUCAGGCAGAAGGAUCAAUGAUUGAUGCUGCUAUUCCCAUAGUGACCAAAGCUUUGGAGGAAGUAGAAGGCAUUUCAUAUCUCAAAGUACAAGUUCGCGAGGGCAUUGCCAGUGUGAAGUUAAGAAAGCAAACAACCGUACAAGCUACAGGGGUGGCUUCAAGUUUGGUCGAAAUUAUACAAGGGUCGGGCUUCAAAUUACAAACAUUGAAUUUGAGCUUCCAAGAUGAAGAGGAUAUCAGUUAGAUUUUUAACUGCUUGGUCUUUUGGGGAAUCCAACGACUUCAUUUGAAGUUUUCUCUCAAAUUUUGAGUAACAGAUUGUAGUCGAACCCAUUGCUAGUAGAGUUAUAUGCCCGUCUCUGUCGAUUAUGUUUGUAAAAUUGUCUUAUCUUGUGUAUUACUAGGUGAACAAUCAAUCUAUCAUUUAAAGAUGGCCACUCAGCUAUAGCUUCAUUUUCUGGUCU